AUGACCAGCAGGAUGAUGAUUCCCGACGAUCAGGAGCCGAUUGCCAUUAUCGGCACGGCCUGCCGAUUCUCUGGACAGGUCUCCUCUCUCCCGACGUUAUGGGACCAGAUUAGCAAUGUCAAGACUGGUCACUGCAAAGUCCCAUCGAGCCGCUGGGAUGCCGACCUUUUGCAUCAUCCCGAUCCUGACAGAAAAGGCACCAUGGCCGUCAAGCAUGGCUACUUUUUGCAAGAAGAUAUCAGCCACUUUGAUGCGCCCUUCUUCUCCACAACAGCCAAGGAGGCGGCAGCGAUGGAUCCCAUGAAGAGACUGCUACUCGAAGUCAGUUACGAGAGCAUCGAAAAUGCUGGUAUUCAAAUGGAGAACCUGGUCAACUCCGACACAGCUUGCUACGUCGGCUGCAUGACCAACGACUACGAAAUCCUAUCCACACACGACAUGCAGGAUAUGGGAUACAGUGCCGCUACAGGCAUCAGCAAAGCCAUGACGGCGAACCGCGUAUCGUGGUUCUUUGGCCUGCGAGGGCCGAGUCUGACCCUCGAUACGGCCUGCUCGUCGAGCCUGUACGCGCUUCAUCUGGCGUGCCAGGCGCUGAAGCUGGGCGAGACAUCGCAGGCCCUGGUGGCCGGCGUCAACAUGAUGCUGCACCCCAACUGCAUGGAGCAGUUCUCCGCCAUUCACAUGCUCAGUCCGGAGGGCAUCUCUCACAGCUUCGACGACCGCGCCAACGGCUACGGCCGCGGCGAGGGCAUCGGGUGCAUCGUCGUGAAGCGUCUCUCGGACGCGCUGCGGGAUGGUGACACGAUCCGCGCCGUGAUCCGAGGCUCCGGGGUCAAUGCUGACGGCAAGACACCGAGUCUGACACAGCCUAGUACCGAGGCGCAAGCAACCCUCAUCAGGAGGACGUAUGCGAGCGCAGGGCUGUCGCUCUCCUCUACAGAAUAUUUUGAGUGCCAUGGAACUGGCACUCCUGUUGGUGACCCUAUUGAGCUGAGAGCCCUCGCCACAACCAUCGGAGGCGCCCGCGCAGCAGCUGGUCUUGGCCCUCUAUAUAUCGGCAGUGUGAAGCCCAAUGUCGGCCACACGGAAGGCUGCUCUGGUCUGGCGAGCAUCUUCAAGGCCAUUCUGUGCCUGGAAAAGGGCAUGCUGGUGCCUACAUAUGACGUUCAGAACGUCAGCCCCAAGCUGCUCCUCUCUGAUUGGCAUCUGGCUGUGCCCGCCGAGACCAUCAAGUGGCCCAGCUCAGGCCGGCGGCGUAUAAGCGUCAAUUCCUUCGGAUUUGGAGGAGCCAAUGCCCAUAUUAUUCUCGACGACGCAUAUCACUAUCUCAAUGAGCGCAACCUGACCGGCAAUCACAACACAACCGUCCACGAUGACGACAGAAGCUCAGAGUCGGGCAUCAGCAUGGGACCCUCGACGCCCAUGAGCUCCCUCAGCAGCAGCAGCGUCCUCGGUUCUGGAGCAGCCUCGUAUCGCCUCUUCACAUUCAGCGCCCGUGACCAGGCCGGCACGCAGAGGAUGGCAAAGGAGUAUGGAAAGGCGCUCGGCAGUGCCAAGUUCAAGACCAUGAGCGGUAAAGAGCUGGACGACUUGGCGUACACGCUGGCCGUCCGCCGCACAGCCCACGACUAUCGCUCGGUCAUUGCCGCGUCGUCGGUCGACGAGCUCUGCGCCAAGCUAGAUCGGCCUGUCCCCAAACCAUCCCGCGCAUCCCGUCGCGAUCGGAACCUCAUCUUUGUUUUCACGGGACAAGGCGCGCAGUGGCCCACCAUGGGCAUUCAACUGCUCCGCCACCCUGUUUUCGAGAACAGCGUUCGGGCGUCGCAGGAAUACCUGGCCGCUCAUGGAUGCCAAUGGGAUGCGGUAGAGGAGCUCAAGAAGACGGCAGAGGAAAAGUCCCAGAUCCUGCUGCCAGAGUUCAGCCAGACGCUGUGCAGUGUGCUCCAGGUCGCACUGGUCGACCUCCUGCGCCACUGGAAUGUCAAGGCUCGGGCCACCAUUGGCCAUUCCAGCGGUGAGAUUGCUGCCGCGUACGCCGCGGGUUACAUAUCCCACUCGGACGCUAUCAAGAUUGCCUAUGUCCGAGGUAUCAGCUCGGCGGCUGUUACAAAGGAGGGUGCUAUGAUGGCAGCCGGCACCUCUAGGGAGGAGGCGCAAGCCUAUCUCGACAAGCUGCCCACCACCACCUCUGCCUCGGUGGCCUGCGUGAACAGUCCCAGCAGUGUUACGCUCUCUGGCGACGUGGAGGCUAUAGACCUUCUUGAGAAGAUGAUCUCCGAGGACAACAAGUUUGCGCGGAAAUUAAAGGUCAAGACGGCGUACCACUCAGCGCACAUGCAAGAGGUCUCGACUACCUAUCACGAACGCAUGGGCGAGAUAACGCCAUUAACUGAACGCGAGCACAGCGACAGCGACAAUGAGACCGUCAUGUUCUCGUCGCUCACAGGCAAACUUGUUGAUCCUCAAGAACUGACUGCUCAGUACUGGGUUGCCAACAUGUGCGCUCCUGUCGAAUUCGCCGCCGCCUUUGCCGCUCUCCUUUCCCACACCGAGCCUCAACAGCAACAGCAGUCGGCGAGCCUCAAGGCCAAGCCAAUCCGCUGGGGCGGUCUCGUGGAAGUCGGUCCUCACUCUGCUCUCCAGGGCCCGGUCCAGCAGAACAUUGCCGCCGCCUCCAACCAGUCGGCCAAGGAAGCUCCGUACGUCGCGCCCGUGCUGCGCGGCAAGAACGCGGGCGAGACGGCGCUGUCUGCCGCGGGCGAGCUGUGGAAGGCCGGGUUCGAAGUCGAUCUCGCGGCCGUCAACCGGACGCCCAGCCCGUCCUCGCUCUUCUCCAUCCCCAAGGUGCUCACGGAGCUGCCGACGUACGCGUGGAACCACGCGCGGGGCUUCUGGCACGAGUCGCUGGCCGACAAGUUUGCGCGCUUCCCCGUGGCCGCCCGGACCGACCUCCUCGGCGUCCCGGAAGAGCUGCAGGACAGGAGCGCGCCGCGCUGGAAGAACUACCUGCGCAACGCGGAGAACCCGUGGAUGGAGCAGCACAAGAUCACCGGCACCACGCUGUAUCCCGGCGCCGGCAUGCUCAUCAUGGCCCUCGAGGCGGCGACGCAGAUGGCGCAGGCGACGGCGCGCAAGGUGCACGGCUUCACCUUUAGCGACGUCUCGUUUGAGCGCGGCCUGGUUGUUACUGAUGACGACGACGCAACUGUGCACACCAGACUGAGUCUUGUGCCGAUCAAGGAUGCUGCUUCGGCGGGCCAAUUCGCCUUUACAGUGUCUUCUACGACAAACGGCGUCGCGUGGACGCAGCACUGCCAUGGUAGCAUUGCCAUUGAGUAUGACGACGAGUUCAAUAAGCGCAGCGACAUUGACGACGACAAGAGCGCGAACAGCCUGCUUUGGACACGGCAGACGCAAGACUACGAUGCUAUCCGUCAAGAUGGGACGGCUACCGAUGUGGACAUUGACGACUUCUACGAGCAUCUCGAGAGCAAAGGCAUGGAAUACGGCGAGUUGUUCCGCAACGUGGUCUCACUGACCUCCGUUCCCGGAAAACUCGCCGUUCAUGGUUCCGUCGUCAUCCCGGACACCGCCUCCGUCAUGCCCGCCAACUUUGAGUAUCCUCACACCAUCCAUCCGGCAACCAUGGACGCCAUCUUCCACCUCUUGCUGGCCACCGUCAACGACGGCGCCGUCACCGAGGAGGCCGCCGUCCCGUACCAUCUUGAUUCCAUGUUUGUCGCCGCGCAGCAGCCAACGGGAGCCGGCACCACUUUCAAGGGAUACAGCAACCUCACAGGCAAGUCUCACGGCGGCCGCCAGGUCAUUGGCGAUCUUGUCGUCUCUGAUGAGGCCUGGUCCGCGCCCAAGAUCCAGGUCAAGGGAUUUGCUCUGCGCCAGGUCACCUUUAGCGAUGCAUCGGGCGGCAAUCCUGCCGACGGAGAGGCUUUGGAGAAGAAAUGCGCCGUCCUGAAAUGGAACAGGGAUGCAGACUUUGCCCGAGCUUCCGAUGCCAAGACUUGGUUGGAUCAUCGCAAGCACAAGCGUGCUCUUGACUCUGUUCUCUUGGUUUUGAACGACGGGUUUGAGUCCUUUCAAGAUGUCUUGGCUGAGAUUGACAACCACCAAGGAAUCCGCCCCGGUUAUGGGCAAGUGGUCGGUCUUGCAGUCACGCCUUCUUCACUCGAAAAUGCCAGAGGUUUCGUGUCUGACAAGAUCUCACUUACACUCUGGGAUGGCAAGUCAGUACCCGAAGUGUCCACCUCCUCGUUGAUUGUCGUUCUGGGAGCCUCCAACACUCUGCAGCUGAGCAGCUUGCAAAGUCUUGUCAACGAUGAUGGUCAUCUGCUCCUCUGUUCCGAUGAAAACACAUUGGCCAAGGAGGAUCUGUCAGACUUGCAACCUUCGGCGAUCAAUUCCACAUCCAUCGUCCUUAGCAAGGCAAAGACAGAGGUGAAGGAUAAACCGUCUACAGUCUAUGUUUUACUUCCACCAACUCCAAGCGCGUCUCUCUCUGACCUUUCCUGCUCCAUUGAGGGAAGCUUGGCCGAUCUCGGCAUUGAGAUUCGGCUCCUCACAUUGGAGACUGUCAUGACCACUGAUCUCACUGGUCAAUUCGUCAUCUCGCUGUUGGAAGUGGACGCUGCCACCAUCUACGCCUGGACAGAGGCCGAGUUCCAAUCCUUUUACAAGGUCGUGUCCACUGCCAGCCACCUCUUCUGGGUCACAAAGGGUAGCCUGCUGGAAUCCUGGAAAGCUGGUGUGGAAUUCGCCCCGGCGCAAGGUCUCCUGCGCGUCUUGAGAAAUGAGUAUCCUCUUGCGUCGUUCCCGCAUCUGGAUCUGUCCGCAGCGUUUGAUCUGGAAAGUGCCUCUGGUGCCAAGUUGGUCGUGGAUAUCUGGCAAGCCUCUCUGCAGGAUGAAUCCGAGACCGAGUUCGCCGAGUUGAAGGGCGAGGUGUACAUCCCCAGAGCUGUAGACGCUGCUGGUCUGGAUGAGGAUCUACAGCUUGAAAGCGGUGUUGUCAAGCCUCAGCGCCGGCUGCUGGGAGAUGCUCCGUCCAGUCUGAGACUUGCAUCCAGUCUCCAGAACGGCGACCAUCUUUGGGUCAAUGAUGAAGACUUUUUGGCUCGGGACGGAAUUGAAGCUGAUGAGGUAGAGAUCGAGGUUCGAUUUGUUGGACUGAAUGGUCUUCUUCUCUCAGCAGCCACCCUGCAAGACAAAGUUCUCGCCAGCCAAGCUUUUGAUGCUGUCGGUGCUGUCUCCCGCGUCGGAACCAGCGUCAACUCUUUCACAGUCGGGCAAUACGUCAUCAUGCACAAUCAAUCUGGAGCAUGCCGAUCCCGCCUUCGCCAACAUUCUUCGCUCGUCGCCGCUCUCCCUACCAGCCUCAAGCCUGAGGAAGCCGCAGGCGCAGUCAGUGCUUUCAUGGCAGCACACUAUGCUCUCUCCAGAAUCGCCCAAGUUCAGAAGGGCCAUGUCGUUCUCAUUCACGAUGCUGCUUCGGCGUUUGGCCAGGCCGCCAUCCAAGUCGCCCAGUCCGCCCAGGCGACCGUUUACGCGCUCGUUGGCAGCGUGGACGAGAAGAGGAGCCUGAUGGAACAAUACUCAUUGCAGGCCAGCUCCAUCUUUGACUCGAGUCAGAAAUACUUCGCCGCUGCCAUUGAGCAAGAGGCCAGCAAGGGCGUCAAUGUGAUUCUCGCCAGCCAAAAUGGCCCAGCUGUGGCGCUCUCGCUCGAGCUGCUCGCUGACUCUGGUUGCUUCAUCGACUUGACUGCGGGACAGGAAGCUGCUACUUCACCUACUCUCAGCUUGCCUCGAUCCAAAAGCUGUGCAUCCCUCAUCCGCGUGAACAUGGGACGUGUCUGGUCUGACAAUCCCGCCAUUGUCCAGGGCCUCUUCCAGGAAACGUUUUCGGCUUCCAUCGCCCCCAUCUUGCCAGUUGCCAUGUCCUCGGUUGGCAGCACCAAGCAGGAAAUCGACGAGCUGUAUUCCAAUCAACACGGCUCUACCGUCUUGUCUAUUUCAGAUAACGACGCUGUACUCAUGCUUCCACCAGCCUCGGAACCAUUCAGCCUCGACCCGUUGGGCACAUACGUCCUCGCUGGAGGCCUCGGUGCUUUGGGUCUCAACAUUGCCCACAUGAUGGCUGAUCACGGCGCCAAACACCUCGUCUUUCUGUCUCGAUCUGCUGGCAGCAAGAAUGAACCGGAUCUGGAAAAGUUCCGCGCCAAAGGUGUCAAGGCUGAUGCGUACAGAUGCGAUGUGAAUGAUGCCGCCAAUGUGGCCAGUGUAUUCGGCAAGUUGCAGGAAAAUGGAUACGUUGUCAAGGGUCUUAUUCAGUGUGCCAUGGUUCUUGAGGAUGCCAUCUUUGAAAACAUGACGCAUGAGAAAUGGACCCGAGCCUUUACACCAAAAUCUCGCGGAUCUCGAAAUCUGCUGGCUCAGCUCCGCCCGAACGACGAUCCUUUCUUCAUCCUCUUGUCCUCUAUUACUGGUGUCAUCGGAAAUACAGCGCAGGCAAAUUAUGCCUCCGGGAAUACCUUUGAGGAUGCUCUUGCCCAGCACGCCAGAGAACAUCUCGGCAUCCGAGCCACUAGCAUUGACGUUGGUCUCGUCGCUGACUCGUCUCAUUUCACAGCCGCGGGCGGCUUUGGUGAGCUCAAGAAUUAUCUCAACCGAUAUCAACAUCGCUGGGUUGGCUUGAGGUGCACUCUGGACGAGCUCUGCACUGCACUCCAGUCCAUUAUGAGAUCCACCACAUCAGAUGGCAGCAUUUUGCCGCCGCAAGUCAUCUUGGGUCUCGGGGAUACUUUCUCACGUGCCUUGGGUGGCACGGGUUUCCAGCGAGAUGGCAAGUUCAAUUUGAGACUGAUCAAAGAUGACGGGAAUGGCGACGGUAGCGGCGCUGAGCGCGUGGAAAAUGUGGAAGAAAAGCUGAGAGCGGCGACUUCUCUUACCGAGGCUGCUGAAGCGGUCGAGCACGCUCUCAAGUUGCAAGUCGCCGCUGCUUUUGGCAUUGAGGUCGAAGAGGUUGAUGUUCAGCGUCCUCUGCCUGAGCUUGGAGUUGACUCUCUCAAGGCAGUUGAGCUGCGUAAUAAGGUUUCCAAGGAGAUGCAGAGUGAUAUUUCCGUGUUUGAACUAUUGAGUGCGACACCGUUGGCAGAGGUUGCAGUGAAAAUUGCGUCGAGGAGUGCCUUGGUGCAGGUAGAAGCUCCGAAGGCCUAG